GAGCAGCGCCGCCCAGACCUGUUAGGACGCCGAGACUUCUAGAGGGCCAGCCAGGGGGCAAAGAGCGAGUUUGUGGGCCGUUAGGGUCCCCCUCCGAACCGGCUCAGGGGUCCGCCUCUUGAGAUAGGAAGCGCCUGUUAAAUAGUCCCGGUCAUUCAGCGCUUUCGGCUAACUUGCCGCAAAGUUUUUCAAGGGAAGUCGGCCCUUUCACUCGGUGCUCUUGCAGGCUGCUAGAGCUAACCUUCCGCUUCUUAGCCUGUGCUGGUUUUACGUCCGAGCUUUUUCAACUCUAUACUGUUCCAGAGCCUAGGAGCUGGAACGGAGCGCGGUGACAGUGUGCCUCCGCGCGCCGGAGGGGCAGCCGAACCCCGGAGGAAGGGGCGGAUCGUGCGCGGUGUUUGGGACAGAACGGGGCGCGCGGCGCUCGAAGCACCCACUCGGUUCGUUCCGGGGCUGGUGGAGACAGCAUGGGUCCUCGUCAGACGGCACCUCUCGAGCUAUAUCAUCUCUUCUUUUGAUCACUGUUCCUGAUUGUGGCUUUGUCCAAACAUUAAAUUGUGUGCCUUUUGUUCCUUGAAGAAAGAGCUGGUGCUAGCAACUCCCAGUUUUCUUUAGCCCGUGGACCCACAUCAAAGCUUCGGAUUCAUCCUCCUCCCCAUACCUCAGUUGCACCCUUCUGUCACCCAGAGGGCUCCACACAGUCUUCCUCUCAAGCCCACACUUUCUCUCUCAAGAUGAAGAAACUAAGACACAGAGAAUGACACUUGUCUAGAUAACAUAAAUCAAUGAAGAAACUGAGGUGCAGAGCAGUCGAAGCUUGCCCAGUGCCACCAAGCAGAGCUGGAAGUAAAGCUUAUAUCCUCUGACUUCCAGAUUAGGGUUAUUUCUUCUUCAAACUAUUGCUUCUUGGUGAGUUAAUGUGGGAAAAAUCCUGGUAUUUUGAAGAUGUCUCAGCGCAGUAUUGUUUCCUGUUUAAAUUACAAGUAAUUUCAAGAGUUUUGAGAAAAAAAGGAAAUUGGGAUUUUUUUUGUUGUUAAAUCAUGCCAUCUGAUCAGAAACAGUUAUUUUUUGAUGAAAAACAAGCUACUUUAAAAAAAGAUUAUGAUAUCAAAAAUGAGAUAGUCGAUACUAUCAAAUCAGUACUUAAACCAAAAAUUUCAGAAAGUACUUUUCAUUAUAAACUGAAAAAUGUGAAAAUUGAUUUGCCGAGGAUAAAUAUUCCAAAUGAAGUCCUAUCGAAACAUGAAGUUGACAAAUAUAGAAAAUUAUUUCAGCAUAAACCACAGACUGCAAGAAAAUCUAUCAAUAUUAAGACUGUAAGCUACAUAGAGAAGUUUACGUUGCUCCAUAAGUCUGAGAAAGUUGAAGAAGAGAGUAUAAAAAUGUCUGCAAAAAUACUCAAUUUCAACUGUUUAAAAUGCCGAGAUAGCACUCUGUAUAGCCCAAAUGAUUUGCAGAAACACUUUCAGAUGUGGCACCAUGGUGAAUUACCUUCAUAUCCUUGUGAAAUGUGCAGUUUUUCAGCAAAUGAUUUCCAGGUAUUUAAACAACACAGACGAACCCAUAGAAGCACUUUAGUAAAAUGUGACAUUUGUAACAAUGAGAGUGUAUAUACUUUACUAGACUUGACAAAACAUUUUGUAUCCACACAUUGUGUAAAUGGUAGUUUUCAAUGUGAAAAGUGCAAAUUCUCCACCCUGGAUGUUGGCACAUUUGUUCAGCACAUUCAUAGACACAAUGAAAUCCAUUAUAAGUGUGGUAAAUGCCAUCAUAUAUGUUUUACCAAAGGAGAGCUUCAGAAGCACCUUCAUGUUCAUUCUGGUACAUUUCCCUUCACUUGUCAGUAUUGUAGCUAUGGUGCCACAAGGCGAGAGCACCUUGUACGACAUGUUAUAACUUUACACAAAGAACAUUUAUAUGCAAAAGAGAAACUAGAAAAAGACAAAUAUGAAAAAAGGAUGGCAAAGACUUCAGUAGGACUUAAGCUAAUACUGAAAAGAUACAAAAUGGGUGCAUCUAGGAAGACAUUCUGGAAACGUAAGAAAAUCAACAAUGGAAGUGACCGAAGUCUAGAAAAAAACACUGAAGUGCUUAAAAAUGUGAACAAAACACAGACAAAAUCUGAAGACCAGAGCCAUCUCAUUCAGGAACAUUCAAAUGAAGAAAAGGAUGAACAGCUACACUGUGAGAAUAAUGAUAAACCUGCUGAGUCAGAGUCAGAAAAGCCAACUCUCCUCUCCACUGGGCAGUGUAGUAGAGCUGAAGAGGGAUCACAUUCUCCUGCAGCUUUCUUGAAGACUGCUGUACAAGGACCUACAGUGUUAAUGGUGAAAAAUAAUAAAAUAACAAUUCCAGCUAACUACAGUGCUAAGUUUAUGGGCUUCAAGAUGAUGGAUGGAAAACAACAUAUUGUAAUAAAACUGUUACCUACCAAUAAACAGAAUUUAUAUUCACCAGGCUCACAGUCAGAUGCUGCAAAGGACAGUACUGGUAAUUCGCAGUCCCAGACUUUGGACACGACUGGAUUCUUAACAAGAGUAACAACUGUGUUAAGUGACACAGUUUACAUGAAAGCAACUACUCCAUUUUUAUGUUCAUCUCCUGUACUUACAGGGAAAGUAACUUCAGAAAAAGAAAUGGCUUUGCUAUCUCAAACAAGUAAUACUCUUCAAACAGUGAAUGAUGAAAAAAGUGUACCUCCUUUGCCAGUAUCAUCAGAAUUAGUUACAGGAUCAGUGAAUUUGACCACGAAAGUCGAAACAAGAGAUAAUGUUGACUUAUGGGGAAGUCAUAUUACUCACAGUCACCCUGAGGUAUCAGGUACAGCCAUUAAAAGUCCAGAUAAAGUCAACUAUGCUACCAAACCAAAUGCAUUCAACAGUGGAGAUAUGCAUAACUAUUGCAUUAAUUAUGUGAACUCUGAGUUACCUGUUGAAUCUUCCAACCAAGGAUCAUUACCUUUUCAUAAUUACUCAAAAGUGAAUAAUUCUAAUAAACGUCGUAGGUUUUCAGGAACAGCAAUGUGUGAAAGCCCUCAAAGAGAAUCUCCAUCAGGUAAGACAGCUAUUCAACAACCAAUAAGUGAAUCAGUUUUAUCACUAGUGAGGAAGGAGAGCUCAAACCCAGAUAGCCUGUUAGCAUCUAUUAGCCUUUUAAAUACUAAGGAUGGAACUUUAAAAACUCAAACUGAAAUUGAAGACCAGUGUGUUUCAGAAAAGGGACAAAACAUUGAUGGACAGAACCUAUACACGAAUGAAAAUAAAAAUUUAGAGAGCAUGACUGAAAAUUCUAAAUGGGAUGGCAUUUCCAAUGUUGAGUCACCACUGAUGCCUAGAAUCACAUCUGUGUUCUCUCUCCAGAGUGAACAGGCAUCAGAAUUUUUGCCACCUGAAGUAAACCAGUUACUUCAAGAUGGAUUAAAAGCAAAACCUGAUGUGAAACAAGACUCUAGUAACACUCCAGAUAAAGGCCUGCCACUUCAUUGUGACCAGUCAUUUCAGAAACAUGAGGGAGAAGACAAAAUUGUUGACUCUUCAAAAGACUUCAAAGUACAAGGCAUCUUCCCAAUUCCGUCUGGUAGUAUGGGGAUUAACGUGCCUGCAAAUGAUCUGAAUUUAAAAUAUAGUGGAAAAGAAACACAAAUGCCGUCAGUGUCACAGGACAUGAGAGAUUCAGAGAAGACACCUAGAAUUUCAGGGAUUGGCACACUACUUAAGACUCAGUCAGAUGCGAUAAUAACACAACAGCUUGUGAAAGACAAACUACGAGCCACUACACAAAAUUUAGGUUCUUUAUGUAUGCAGAGUCCACUUGUAAAUUCAGAACCCAAAAAAGCUAUAUUUGUUCAGACUCCAAAAGGCUUUUUUGUACCAUUCCACAUUGCUAACAAUCCUGGAUUACAUGUCGUUUCAAGAAGACCAUUGGUUAAUACUCAAGGUGGACCUGCUUGUCUUCUUUUAAACAAGAAACCUGGGAUGAUUUUAACAUUUAAUAAUGGGAAAUCUGAAAGUGUUAACACUGUCAAAACUGAGAGUGCUCAGGCUUGUGGAACUACAAUUAAAGAGCCUUCAAGAACAUCUCUUUUAAAGGUAGAGCAAAGCAAUAAUUGUCUGACACCUGCACUUUGUUCCAGUAUUGGCAGUUGUUUGAGCAUGAAAAGUAGCUCAGAAAGUACUUUGCCAUUAAAAAGCCCUUACAUUAUUAAAACGUCAGCAAGUUCUUCAGUGAAAGCUGUGCCUACUCCUAAUGUAUCUGAGCAUCAGGGCACUAAGUUAAAUACCUUGGAUUCAGUAAAACAGCAGAAUGAGAUUUUUCCAAAACCACCUCUUUAUACCCUGUUGCCUGAUGGCAAACAAGCUGUUUUUUUAAAGUGUGUGAUGCCAAAUAAGACUGAGCUGCUUAAGCCUAAAUUAGUGCAAAAUAGUACUUAUUAUCAAAAUAUACAGCCAAAGAAACCUGAAGGAACACCACAAAAAAUACUGCUGAAAAUUUUUAACCCUGUUUUAAACGUGACUGCUGCUAACAUGUCAGUAAGCAACUUUGCAGCCUCAUUGCAGAAAAACAAUGUACCAUCUAAUCAGACUGCAGGAGGAGAGCAGAAAGAGCCAGGAUCUUCUAGAGAUGCCUUACCCUUCUUACUAGAUGAUAUGAUGCCAGCAAAUGAAAUUGUGAUAACUUCUUCUGCAACAUGCCCAGAAUCUUCUGAGGAACCAAUACAUAUCACUGACCGUUCAGAGGCCAGGGUAUUGAGAUGUAAGACAAAUUGUAGAAUUGAGAGAAACUUUAAUAGAAAAAAGACUUCCAAAAGAAACUUGUCAAGAAUAAAAACUCAAGUAAGAAGUAAAGAUUCUGAAGCUGCCUUUGUACCUAGAAACAGAAACUGUAAACGAAAGUGUGGGGAUAGUUACCAAGAACCUCCAAGAAAAAAAGCAACAUUACAUAGAAAGUGCAAAGAAAAGGCUAAACCUGAAGAUGUCCAUGAAUCACUUGGAUUUAGCAGACCUAGGCUUUCAAAAGAUUCUGUCAGAACUUUGCGACUUUUCCCCUUUAGUUCCAAACAGCUUGUGAAAUGUCCCAGGAGAAACCAACCAGUUGUGGUGUUGAAUCAUCCUGAUGCAGAUGCACCCGAAGUAAUAAAUGUAAUGAAAACUAUUUCUAAAUUUAAUGGACGUGUACUUAAGGUUUCAUUGUCAAAAAGAACUAUCAGUGCUUUACUGAAACCAGUUUGUUGUACCCCUUCUAAAACAAAUUGUGACUUUUCCAGGAGGCACAAAACAUUUAAACCUGUUAGUUCUGUGAAAGAAAGAUUUGUGCUAAAAUUAACACUCAAAAAGACAAGCAAAAACAAUUAUCAGAUUGUGAAAACUACCUCUGAAAAUGUUCUAAAGGCUAAAUUUAACUGUUGGUUUUGUGGUAGAGUGUUUGACAAUCAGGACGCUUGGGCUGGUCAUGGGCAGAGACAUUUAAUGGAAGCUACUCGUGAUUGGAAUAUGUUAGAAUAAUUUACUGUAAUUACCAAGGAAAAGACAAAAUAUUAGAAGAAAACAUUGAAUUACCUUAAUGCAGACAUUUUCUACUUCAAUAUGUUACCUAAAAUUAAACAUUUAAAAGUUGGCUAUAUUUCCAUAAGAGAAAAAGUUUCGUGUGAUAUUUGAAAAUGCUGUCAUUGUACGUAUAAGUUCUGAAAGAAAUUUAUCACAGCACAGAUAGACCUUGAUUUUUUCAAAAUGUGUUCUUGGGAAGUUAGGGCAAAAAAAAUUUUUGAAAAAAGUUUUCCCAAUUUAGUGACUCAGAGGGUAAUGGCUGACAGCCCCAUUCCUUCUCUUCUUCCACCAGCCUUAUGAAUCAUAAGUAUAGCUCCUCUGAAGAUGGAGAGCUCUUUCACCAUGGAACUGAAGGAGUUUCUCAUCAUUUAUGAAGAUAUACUAAGCUUAGGUAAAAAACUUAUUCUACAUUUGCUAAAUAUAGUUCUUUUGAAGGAUAUAGGUUCCUUUGAGAGUACAUUUAAUUCACUACAGCUACACCUCAGAUGCUUGAAAAAAGUUUUUGAAAAGUAAAUUUUUUUUCCUCAUAAGCUAUGUCCCACAUCAGAGAUUGGAACACCCUCCCAAGGUGAUUUUGGUUUUCUAAAUGGCUAUGCCAAGGAUUGCAAGAGAUGGGCAGCCACAACAGAAGCACUAAACUCUUCAUCUAAGUUGAAGUCCAGUUAAAGAACCUGACAUUUUUGAAUUUGGUGACUCUCCAGUGAUGCCCUUGCAUAGAACUAUGCUUGUUUGGUUUAAAUUGUUUGUUCUUCAUAAACCAAAUAGCCAAUUUUUCUUGGUUGCCACCCUUUAAAAAGAGUGGAAUGUAGAAGCACUUCCAGGGGAAUGGCUUUUCUCAAAAACUAAAAAUUAUGGAAGCAAGAUGAGCAAAGCAAAUCAUAUUUUUGUCUGUGUUUAAUUACUGUUAGUGUGUGAACAUGUCUACAUUGGGAUAAACCAUUUUUGUUAGCAACUUUACAGUAUGACUGACAACCCAAAGCAGAUUAUUUACUGUUUGUUGGCAGUUGAAAGUAAAGAAACAUUAAUAGUAGACUCUGGCAGCGCAUGAAACUUCAGGACAGAUUCCUAAGGGACAUUCUCAACAGAGGAAUAGUUUUAAAAUGGAUGUUUUCAUGAUGACAGAAUCAUUAAUGUAAAUUUUUCACCUUGUGAGUUUGGAUCAAAUUUUGUUGGAUCAUUGGAUAAUGGAUUUCUUAUAUUGCAAAAUUGCAUACUAUAUUUUUUGUCACGUUACUACAAGUGUUAAGAUAUUUUCAUUGAAAACUUCAGGGCUUCUUUUCUGUAUAUAACAAAGAAUUUAAAACUGUACAUAUUUUUGUACCUUUUCAGUUAUGUAAAUUUUGCACAGAAAGUUUUUGACAUAAAAAGUUUAUUUUUUUUUUUUCAGUUCUGUGCAUGCACUAAUAAAACUGGUUGUUUAAUUUAAAAGGAAUAUGUACGACUUUACCCAUGUUAUUUUCCUGGUUUUUAUUUCAGAUGUAGAAUUUUUUUGGAGGGGGUAAAUUCAUUUUUCAGGGAUUGAACACUAUUGUUAGCAAAGUGCCUAAAAGAUGUGAAACAGUUUACAUAUGUCAACUGUAACAGUAGGUCCCAAAUGGGCCCAUUCCCCCAAUAGUUUUAUUUUAAAGAAAGCCAUACAUAGAUGCUUCAAGCUAUCUUGCUAUGCACAUUAUACAUGUACUGUUUUUGUGCAGUUUGUCUACUUUCUUAGUGAAGUAUUUUUUUGUAUAAAACCUUUUAAAAUUGUGUUUAAAUUGAGCCUAAGAAUGGAGUUGAUUGGAAAUAUACAGUAUAUAUUAAUAAUGUAUAUUGGUGUUUAAAGAAUGGUAAGCAUUGUUAAUUUCUGUAAUGAACAUUUUCAAUUAAAUUUAUCUUGUUUGUGUUUACACAUAAUUUUUUUUUACUGUGGUAAAAUCGAAUGGGAAUUUUAUUCUAAUGAGAAAUAUUUAGAUUCCAAAGUUCUUUUCUUCUAGUGAACUAUGCAAAAUAAAGUGGGAAUUUUUUGCCCCCAAAA